AUGGAGAUCAAUUCGCAAUAUUGCACAUGUCUACAGCAACUCUUAUUGGUUGCAGUGGCAUUAGCAGCAUCAGCAGAAACACCCGGAGCUACAGCCCAAGCGAUGCCCGGUUGCCCAGACCUCUGUGGAGGCUUAAGUAUACCAUUCCCCUUUGGGACAAAGGAAGGAUGCUAUCUGAACAAAGAUUUCCUCAUAACAUGUAAUGCCUCAAAUAAUUAUGAAGCAUUCCUCGGAGAAACCAAUAUACAAGUUCUCAACGUAUCGGUGGAGGGCCAACUUCGUAUAUCUUCAUCACCAGCAUAUGAUUGUUACAAUUCUUUUGGUAACGUCACCAAAUCCAUAACAUCUGGCCUUACCUUGCCCAAAUUUCCCCUUUCCUACACUGAGAACAAGUUCACCGCCGUGGGUUGUGACACCGACACGAUCAUUCAAGGCUGGCACGCACAAGAUUAUGCCACAGGGUGUAUAUCUUAUUGUGGAGAAUUUGGAGAUGUGGUGAAUGGGUCAUGCAUAGGAAUGGGCUGCUGCCAGACCUUCAUUCCGAAAGAAGUACUGGAAUUUGAUGUGAGUGUGUACAGUUUUUUUAAUCAUGCGUAUGUAUGGGACUUUAAUCCCUGUAGCUUUGCCUUUGUGGUUGAGGCGAAUGCAUACAAUUUCUCAACAUUGGAUUUAGUUGAUUUACGAAAUGAAACAAAAUUUCCUGUGGUGCUUGAUUGGGCUAUUGGGAAUGAAACAUGCAAUGAUGCACGAAAGAAUCAGGAAACUUAUGCUUGUAAGGACAACAAUAGCAUAUGCUAUGAUUCUGAUAACGGUCCGGGCUACCGCUGCAACUGCUCUGAGGGUUACUGUGGGAAUCCAUACCUUGUUAAUGGCUGCAAAGAUGUGAACGAAUGUGAAAUUCCAAACCUCAACAAGUGCACAAAUAUUUGUUGGAACACUGUGGGCAAUUACACUUGUUCUUGCCCUAAGGGGUAUCAUGGGGACGGCAGAAGUGAUGGAACCGGUUGCUCUUCUACUACGAAAACAAGCAUUGGGGUCAUUACUGGUGCGAGCAUCGGCCUUGUCGCUGCUUUUGUGGGUAUUUCUUUUGUUAUUUUGGGAGCCCAAAGAAGAAGUCAGACCAAGCUUAGAAAAGAAUUUUUCAAGCAAAACGGAGGAUUCUUGUUACAAAAAUUACUCUCAAACAAAAAUUCAACGGAUGCAGCAAAAAUAUUUUCAGAAGAAGUACUAAAGAAGGCAACCAGUAACUUCAACAAAAGUAUGGUCAUUGGCCAAGGAGGUUAUGGUGUUGUAUACAAAGGAAUAUUAUCAGAUGGGAGGAUAGUUGCCAUCAAGAGGUCCAAGGCUAUUGAUAAAACCCAAAUUGAGCAAUUUGUAAAUGAAGUGAUUGUUCUUUCUCAAAUCUAUCACCCAAAUGUUGUGAAGCUCUUGGGUUGUUGUUUAGAGACUUCGGUUCCAUUACUAGUUUAUGAAUUUAUAAGUAAUGGCACCCUCUUCCACCAUCUUCACGAUGAAGGUUGCGUCCAUACGUUACCAUGGGAAACUCGGUUAAGGAUGGCAGAGGAGACUGCAAGGGCUCUUGCUUAUAUGCACUCAAUGCAAAUCAUUCACAGAGACGUGAAGUCUGCCAAUAUACUACUAGAUGAUAAGUUCACCUCCAAAGUAUCUGAUUUUGGUGUUUCAAGAUUGGUUCCUUUUGAUCAAGAGCAGAUAUCUACGUUGGUGCAGGGGACACUUGGAUACAUGGACCCUGAAUACUUCCAAUCAGGAAUAUUAACUGAAAAGAGUGAUGUUUAUAGUUUUGGAAUUGUUUUUGCAGAGUUGCUCACUGGAAAAAAGGCAAUUUGCUCUGAGUGUGCGGAGAAGAGUCUAGCCUUGUAUUUCAUCUCUUCAUUAAGAGAUGGUCGCCUGUUCGAAAUUUUGGAGGAUCGAGUAAAACAAGAGGGGAAUGCUGAGCAACUUAAGAGAGUUGCAGAGCUCGCAAGGAGUUGCCUCAGAUUAGAGGGAGCACAAAGACCCACAAUGAAGGAAGUAGUGGAAUAUCUUGAGAUACUAAGAAGCAACCGAGGAUGA